CGAAGGUGGAAUAACUAAUACAUAAAUAACUAAACCCUGCGUAACUAAUCCCUACGUAAAAUAAUACAUACUCUAACCAGCUACCAAAUGACCCUCAGGGUCUAAAACCUCUCUAUAAAUACAGAUGUUCACUCACUUUUAGUUGCUCAUUUUAACUCUCAACCAAUUUGCUUUCUUCAUUUCCACCAUAAAACUUCUCCCCUUUGAAGUAACCUUUUGAGUCUAUCAUCAAUGGCUUCCUUGGAAAUCUCGAAAGAGGUUAAGCUGAAAGGCAAAGAAGAAGAGUGUGCUAAAGAUGGAACUGUUGAUUUUUAUGGAAUGCCUGCAAACAGAGGAAAAACUGGGAAAUGGCUCGCUGGCAUUAUGCUUCUGAUGAAUCAAGGUUUAGCUACUCUCGCCUUUUUCGGUGUUGGGGUGAAUUUGGUGUUGUUCCUAACAAGAGUACUUCAUCAAAACAAUGCGGCUGCUGCUAAUAAUGUGAGCAUAUGGACUGGCACUGUCUACAUCUUCUCUCUUCUUGGUGCUUUUCUUAGUGACGCCUACUGGGGAAGAUUCAAAAGCUGUGCCAUUUUUCAGAUCAUUUAUGUAACUGGAUUAGUAGUAUUAUCACUGGUGACACAACUUUACUUAGUCAAACCGAAAGGUUGUGGGGAUCGAACAACUCUAUGUGGACAGCAUUCAAGCAUGGAGAUUGGUCUAUUCUACAUCUCCGUGUACAUGAUUGCUCUAGGAUAUGGAGGCUAUCAGCCUAACAUCGCUACCUUUGGAGCUGAUCAGUUCGAUGCGCGUGAUCCAAGGGAGAAGCAAUCCAAACAGGCCUUCUUCAGCUACUUCUACCUGGCCUUGAACCUUGGUUCGCUUUUUUCUAACACCGUGUUAGACUACUUUGAGGAUGAAGGGAUGUGGGCUCUUGGUUUCUGGGCGUCCGCUGCGUCUGCCUUUGCAGGAUUGGUGCUCUUUCUUGGAGGCACCGUCAAGUAUAGGCACUUCCGGUCUAAUGGCAACCCUAUAACCCGGUUUUCUCAGGUUAUAGUCGCUGCAUCGAAGAAGUGGAGAGUAAAGAUGACAGAGAAUGAAGACGCAUUAUAUGAAUGCAAUGACGAGAGUUCCAAUACUGCUGGUAGAAAAAUGCUCCACACUCAUGGUUUCAAAUUCUUGGAUAAAGCAGCUCUGAUCACAUCCAAAGAACUUGACAAUGAGAAGCAGAGCGAUUGCAACCCGUGGCGCCUAUGCCCUAUUUCACAAGUUGAAGAGGUUAAGUGCAUCUUGAGGCUGUUGCCAAUUUGGCUAUGUACUAUAGUUUACUCUGUAGCGUUUACGCAAAUGGCCUCAAUAUUCGUCGAGCAAGGCGACACUAUGAAAACUACGCUCGGGAACUUUAGGAUCCCAGCAGCUAGUAUGUCUAGCUGCGACAUCAUGAGUGUAGCGGUUGUAAUAUUACUUUAUCGCCGAGCACUUGAUCCCAUAGUAAAAAAGUUUAAGAAAAGGGGAGAGGGUCAAGGAAUAACUCAACUUCAACGGAUGGGAAUGGGACUUGUCAUAGCUAUGAUGGCAAUGCUUUCAGCCGGACUUGUGGAGUGCUAUAGACUCGAGUAUGCUAAAAAACACUGCACACAUUGUCAAGACUCAAGCUCUCUAAGUAUCUUAUGGCAGAUUCCUCAGUACUCUCUGAUAGGAGCUUCGGAAGUGUUCAUGUACGUAGGACAGCUGGAGUUUUUCAAUGAACAAGCACCGGAUGGUCUCAAAAGCUUCGGAAGUGCACUGUGCAUGACUUCGAUAUCACUAGGAAACUACGUGAGCAGCUUACUCGUGAGCGUAGUGAUGAAAAUUUCUACAACUGAUAACAUGUCUGGAUGGAUCCCGGAAAACCUCAACAACGGUCACCUAGAAAGGUUUUAUUUUCUCUUAGCUUGUUUGACAAUCUUAGAUUUAGUUGCUUAUAUACCCUGUGCUAUGUGGUACAAGGGUAUAAAGCAUGGUGAAAUGAUUCAAGAAGUCAAGGACGAGGAAAAAUGUGAAGUCUAAUGUAUCUGAUAAUUUUCUCAUACUUUUAGGCAUAUUUGCCAAAAUUAAAUAAAUAAGAGGAAAGCUAUACCUCCUCAACUUAUGUACA